AUGGGCGGCUGCAGGCGCCUCGGCGUGCACUCGAAGAAAGGCCUCAAAGUCUUCGGGAGUCUGGAGAACUUGAACGAAGGGACUCUUCUGUUUCACGUGCUGGACCCCGCAAACCCUCCGCUGCUGUUUCUGGAGGAGGCGCGGGCGUUGCCUCCGCAUUUUUUGUCGCAGUUUUCAUUUUUUUCUUUUUCAAAUAAUUUAUUUAAUUCAAUUCCAUUAUCUUUUAGUGAAGCAGCAGAAGUGGCGAAGUUGGGGGUCGAUGUGCUGCAGCCCCUUGUCUCUUAUCUGCAGCAAAAGGAGACAGAGCAGCAGCAGCAGCAGCAGCAGCAGCAGCGCAGGUCCACCCUCAGCACCAGCAUCGCCGACACAAGCAGCAUCACCGCCAGCAGCAGCAGCAGCAGCAGCAGCAGCAGCAGUUUCAAUAAUAAGUUCUAUGAUGAAUACAGCUGUCUGUGUGUGUUGCCGCUCAAUCCCCACAGCGCUCAGCGCCCAGCGGCGGACUGGAACGCGUUGGUGGGGGGCUGCGGAGGGUUUGCUGCAGCAGGCGCUGCAGCGGGAGCAGCAGCAGCAGGCGCUGCUCUGGAGGUUUUCGUAGAAGGCAGCAAAGUUGCUGCUGCUGCGCUGCAGCAGCAAAUCCAUAAUCAUAUGCUUUCUUUCCUGGGGCCCCACUGGGUCUCUCUUUGCAAACUUCCUGCAGCACAUGUUUGGCCUGGGGGGGCCCUCGACGGAGACAGAGACAUCAUUGACUUGGAGGGCAUUACGCACCUCAUCACGGCGUACUGGAACGAGGUGUUCGAACAAACAGUCGUAGACCCCCAGCUUGUGCACCACCUACAGACCUACGUCAUCCGCUGGGCCACCCAGGACCUGUCCUUCUUUGAUGCUGCUUAUGUUUUAUCUUUUUUGAAAGUCGCCGCUGCGCUGCUACGGGCUUUCGGGGCUGAUGAGGGAGUUUCUCGUCUCGAGGCUGCAGCAGCAGCUGCUGCUGCAGCUGCAGCACUUACUACAGCAAUGGCAGCAGUAGGAGCCACAGCUAGAGUACCCAUAGCAGGAGCCACAGCUAGAGUACCCAUAGCAGCAGCAGUAGCAAUCGCAGCAACAGCAGCAGCAGUAGCAAUCACAGCAGCAGCAGCAGCAGUAGCAAUCGCAGCAGCAGCAGCAGCAGCAGCAGUCGCAGCAGCAGCAGCAGCAGUAGCAAUCGCUGCAGAAGCAGCAGUAGUAGCAAUCGCAGCAGCAGCAGCACCUACAGCUGUAGCAGCAGCUGCUGCUACAGCUGUAGGUGCCGCUGCAGAAGCUGCAGCAGCAGCAGCUGCUGCUGCAGGAGAUAAGGCAGCAGUAGCUGCAGCAGCUGCAGCAGCAGCUGCAACAGGAGAUUCUUAA